CGGUGGUCCGGGACGGCACAGCAUUCGCGUCGGGCAACAGCGGGAUGGCCAGGGCGACCCUAGCCCCGCGCUUUCUGUGCCCCUUUUGGCCGCGGACCCCUUGCGCGAUCCCCGCGGCGGGAGGUGUUCUCCGAAGGUUCUUGGCCGCAGCGGCACCUGCUCGCCGCCUAGAUCUGCGGGGUAUCUAUCCGCCCCUCGUCACCCCUUUCACGUCUCAAGGCCGUGUAGAUUACGCCCGGUUGCAGGAGAAUCUGCGCCUCUACGCCGAAAUCCCCUUCCGAGGUUUUGUAGUACAUGGCUCCAAUGGGGAAGCCCCCUACUUGACACAGGAGGAAUGCCUGGAAGUAGUGAUGCGGGUGCACCAAGCUGUGCCUAAGGAAAAGCUCCUGCUGGUUGGGUCAGGAUGUGAAUCAACCCACUGCACCAUUGAGAAAACAAAACAAAUGGCUGACAAGGGUGCUGAUGCUGCUCUUGUGGUAACUCCUUGCUACUUCCGUGGAAGCAUGACCAGUGCUGCCUUGAUCCAUCAUUACACACAGGUGGCUGAUGCAUCUCCAAUCCCUGUGAUACUGUACAGUGUUCCAGCCAACACAGGCUUGGAACUGCCCAAUGAGGCAGUGCUCAGCCUCGCGCAACAUCCUAACAUAGUGGGGAUCAAGGACAGUGAUGGCAAUAUUACCCGCCUGGGGCUGCUUGUCCACAAGACGCAGAAUGAAGACUUCCAGGUACUGGCAGGAUCAGCUGGUUUUUUUCUAGCCAGCUAUAUUGUAGGUGCUACAGGAGGAGUCUGUGCCCUUGCCAACGUACUAGGCAGCCCCGUCUGUCAGCUUGAUGAUCUUUGCCGCGCAGGAAAUUGGGGUAAAGCCCGUGAACUGCAGCACCGAUUGAUUGAGCCAAAUAUUGCAGUCACCCGGAAAUUUGGGGUUCCAGGUCUCAAGCAGGCAAUGGAGUGGUUCGGCUAUAAAGGAGGCUUUUGCCGUGCCCCCUUGCUCCCAUUAACUGAGACACAAUUAAUGGAAUUACGCCGUGAUUUCACCUCCAAUGGCUGGCUCUGAAGGACAAAUGCCUGGAAUCUUGCCUGGAAUGCCUGGAAUCUUGCUUUAGCCAAUUACUAUCUAAUUGGGAAAUGCUCACAUGUCUUGCAAUUUACUUUGAUGCAGCUCAUUCAACUCAUAGUGUACUUAUUGGAGCAUCGCUAUAGCAACAAAACAGUGGAAUAAAAUCUUCAGAAUGGAGCUUUAAAUGACAAAAGGCUGCAUCUGCAUCUCAUGGUUGACUAGAAGCCCAACAUUCCUUUGUCACUUAAAAUUUCUCAAUUCUGCAUAUCUAGAAUAUAGUCUUAUCUAUAUUCUAUUCUUCAGCAUUUUCCUAUACCAUGAUUAGUUCUGGAAUCGUAGAAUGUUGAAAUGCUAAUUCUCUGGGUUCAGAAAUCAGAUAUGUGAAAUCAUAAUGUCCUAUGUAAAAGAUGACAUUUCAUUCAUUUUUGUGACUUACUAGGCACCACUACCUCUUGUACAAUAAAUUGAGUUUGUUGCAUAGUUGUAUAAUCCACUGAAAAAUUGAACAUUCCUGAGGUGGUAUAAGAAUGUGCAGUUAGUAAAUAAUUAUGUGCCAUCAAGUCAUUUUUGACUUUUAAUAACUACAUAGAUUUUCUCCAUUACAAUCUACCUCUAACCUAUUACUGUAUCUAUAUAUUUAUGGUAUUCACUAAAGUUAGAUCAGCAAAAUUUUAAGCAUUUUUUUAAAAAACGUUUUAUAAAACACUGCUACAUAGGUCUGAGUCAUCCUCAAGUACAGAAGUUUUAUGGUAUGGCAUAAAAAUACAUUCUUCAAGAUAAUUAUGCUUCUGUUAUUGUACCUGUUUCCUGUCUAAUAAUGGUGCAUUAUAUUUGGAAAGAGAAAUGGAGAACCAUUCAAUAGCAUUGCUGAUGACUAUAUUUUUAGCUAAAACAUAAACACAUUAAGGCUAAUUGAGGGUACAACUUCUUGCUCUAUACCCAGAUCCAAAAUUACUAGAAGUUGAUAAUUGUGUCUGUAUAGUCAUAGCCCCAAACCCAAUAACUAUAUGGCUGAGGUCAGUGAGAAUAGAGCACCAGAAUU